AAGAUAUAUAAUUUUUGUGCCUUUGUUAUGCUGCGUUCGAUUGCACUCGGAACUCGGAUGAUCCGACCUCCGAGUCGGAAAAGUGCAAAAGAACGGCCCUUGAACUCGGGAUUCCGACUCGGGAAUUCGGGUAGGAUCCAAGCAGCCCGAGUAGGUCGGAAAGACGUGGAAAACGUCAAAGCAAAACAGGUGGUAAACAGUCACGUGUAGGAUUACUUUGUAGUGGUAUUUUCACCCCCACUCUUUUAAUUAAAGAGUUUGUGUGAGAGUAGUAGGGACGAAAAAGCACAGUAAACGUGUAAAAAAAUUAUAGUUGUUCCCAUAUUUAAACUACAUUAGUCUAUGAGGUGUAAUACUGCACUUCUUUUUGUUAUAUCCCGGAAAUUGAUAAGAUUUAAUUAUAUAUUUGUCUCUUAAGUAUUUGCAGAGCACAAUUCCACCCUAUAUUUGGACCCAGAGAGGACACAACCAUUUAACUGUAUGUUGUACCAGGCAGCUGAUGUACUUCCCUAGAAUCAUUUUCAAAUACUCGAAAGACAUCCAAACAAACAUCAAUUUGCUGUGGCAAUUUGCAAUCUUGCCAUGUUUUCCGAGGUUGAGCAAUGAAACGCAUUUACCUCGGAAGUCGGGAUUUCCAACUCGGAUCUUUCCGAAUUCCGAGUGCAAUUGGACGCAGCAUAACAGAGUGCGUAGGUUGUUACAGGAAGGUUCAAGGACUCGUUGCGUCGUUUCAUUAAUGUAUUCACGUUGACGCAGUGACGUGCGAGUACGUUAAAACGUGUAUAUUAGCGUCUAGAGGAUAUCCCAACGUUUGCUUUAUACAUGUUUGUGUUUGGUAUGAUUCGAGGAUUCACCAAAGCUACCAGCUAGCUGACAGCAUGUCUCUAUCACUUUCCUGCUGGACUAAACUCCAGCUGAGAGCACACAGCACGAGGACACUUCUUCAGAAGACCGUGUGUGUUUGUCCACAGCAAGACUCCAGACACUAUAGCAGUGGAAAGCCCAGAAGAAGGGUUGUUAUUACUGGCAUAGGGUUAGUGUGUCCUCUGGGCACAGGGACUGGACUAACCUGGGAGCGCCUGAUUAAAGGCCACAGUGGGAUUGUUGCUCUUCACUCACAGGAGUACGACACUGUUCCCUGUAAAGUGGCAGCACUGGUGCCCAGAGGAAAUGAACAGGGUCAGUUUCAGGGAGAGAAAUUUGCAACUCGUGGGGAGAUCAGUAGCAUGUCCCCAGCCACAUUAAUGGCCCUCGGUGCUGCUCAGCUGGCUCUGGAGGACUCAGGCUGGUGCCCCCAAACCCCAGAGGAACAGCUCAAUACUGGGGUGGCUGUGGGCAUGGGCAUGGUGUCUUUAGAUGAAAUUGCUCGUACCUCCACUGACUUCCAACAGAAGGGCUACAAAAAAGUCAGUCCCUUCUUUGUGCCUCGUAUCCUUGUAAACAUGGCUGCUGGACACAUAAGUAUCAAACACAAACUCAAGGGUCCCAACCAUGCAGUUUCCACAGCAUGCACCACAGGUGUACACGCCAUAGGUGAUGCUGCCAGGUUUAUUGUCCAUGGGGAUGCAGUUGCUAUGGUUUCAGGGGGGACAGAAUCCUGUGUGGGGCCUCUGUCAAUGGCAGGUUUUGCCAGGGCACGGGCCCUCGCCACUAAAUGGAAUGACAACCCCACCCAGGCGUCAAGACCCUUCCAUCCAGAGAGAGAGGGCUUUGUGAUGGGUGAAGGAGCAGCGGUGCUCCUCCUGGAGGAGCUGGACCAUGCAGUGGAAAGAGGAGCCAGGAUCUACGCUGAGAUCCUGGGUUAUGGACUCUCGGGGGAUGCCAGUCACAUUACCGCACCCACUGCCGAUGGAGACGGAGCAUUUAGAUGCAUGUCUGCAGCCCUCAGAGACGCUGGAGUCUCACCUUCAGAUGUCACAUAUGUGAACGCUCACGCCACAUCUACACCUUUGGGUGACGCAGCCGAAAAUGCAGCCAUUAAGAGGCUCUUCCAGCAAAGUGUUGACAACCUGGCUGUCUCCUCCACCAAGGGAGCCACAGGACAUUUGCUUGGCGCUGCAGGGGCCCUGGAGGCAGCGUUUACCGCUCUGGCCUGCUACCAUGCGGUCCUGCCACCAACUCUCAACCUGGACCGCACUGAGCCAGAGUUUGACCUGAAUUAUGUUCCCUGCACAUCGCAGACAUGGUACACUCAGGGCCGACGGCUCGCCCUCACAAACUCCUUUGGAUUUGGCGGCACCAACGCCUCACUGUGUCUCACCAGCAUUGGAUGACACACUCAUUCUAAAGUCUGUAUUCUUCACCUCUGGUAUGAUAGAACACACAAACAUCCAGCAGAAUGAAUCCAUUUUUAGUGAAAGUCUAACUGACUGCAAGACAGAAAACAUUCAGGCUUUGAACAAAGAUUAAAAUCCUUGUAACAAUG